AUAAUUCCUCUGAUGUUUUUUCCCCAUAAAAUCCACGCUAACUUUCGUUUAGCCCUGAUGGUGACAUUGUGAGAGGAAUGAGCAACUGGGCUAUGAAUCCCUCUUCCAGGACAUGAACGCGGGACGCUGUCUCUUUAAGAGAAGAGGGCGGGCGGGAGUGAGCCUGCACUGGAGGUUCACAGCUUCCCUCUCUCUCUCUCCCGCUCUGUUUUUUUUAAACCGAAAUUCUUCGUUAAGAGUUUGGUAUUUCCUCUGAGCUCAGAGACAGAAACUAAACACCCGGGACUCUGCGCUUUCCUGACAAAGUUGGAGGCGGAGGUGGGGGGACUUUUGAAAAACUCUCUGGAUCAAGAGGCACAUCAGAAUCACUUUCAGAGCCACGACUAGAAAACAGGAACUUCAGGGCUUGCAGUACAGCUCUUUCUGAGAGGCGACGGAAGGCUGGGGGAGCUGUUCUCUUCUAUCUGUUCGGCGGGGAGCACCGAGCAGGGCGUCUGGGCUGCGUGGAGCUGUGUCACCAUGGGAUAGUCCCACGUUGCCUGUCACUGUCUGCCCGUCUGCUGUCUGCUCUGGCCAGCAUGACGGUCUACACUCUGAACCUCAGGGUCUUCUGGCUGCUGGUCUCCUGUGUCCUCAUAGCCCUGCUGCUCAUACACCAGGCCCUGCGCAGAGGCCCGGACCCGGGGCCCGAGGGCUGCCCCGACAGAGCUCUUGGGGUCCUCUCGCUGCUCAAAUUCGCCCUGGCCUUCUCCCUGUGCUACUUCUUCAUCAGGUACUGCUCGUCCUACCAGGGCCAGAGAAGAAGGGGGUGCAGGGAGCCCCCCGACGUGACCCCCAGGGCCGGCCCUUCCAGGAGGGAGCUGCUGGAGAGCUAUUACGAGCGGCAGGUGCGCCUAUCCCCCCACGUCCUGGGCCACAGCAAGGCCCAUGUGGCCAAGCUGGUGAGCGAGCUGGUGAGGGCGGGCCGCGCCGAGCUCCCGCCCGAGUCCGCGCUGGCGUUCCGCGGCGACUUCAUCCAGAUCGGCAGCGCCUACGAGGAGCACAAGGUGGGGCGCCCCGACUGUUUCGACAUCCUGGUGCCCCUGAGGCUCCCCCGGGGGCUGAAGCUGGAGCCUCGCAGCUGCCCGGGGAAGGAGGGGGGCCCCCCCCUCUGCAGCCUGGAGACCCCCAGGAGGUCGGAAUGGCUGCGGCGGCACCGCGUCUUCGCCGAGAGCCUCCUGAGCCCGGCCGCGGGAGGAGACGCCUGUCAGCUGGGCCCCGCGCCCGUCCUGCGCUGGUUCUACCCCACGGUGCAGCGCUGCCUGGGCGCCGUCCGCUACCCCUUCGAGCAGCGCUGCUCCCUCGGCCUGUCGCUGAGCGAGGACCGCGUGAUGCUGCGCCUCACCCCGCGCUCCGACUACGUCUGCUGCCACAUCUCCAUGGGCGUGCGCCUCAUCCCCGCCCUGCCGCUGGGCGAGGGCGCCUACCUGGUGGCGGCGGCGGCGGCGGCGCGGGGCUCCCGGCAGGAGGCCCUGUGGACGCCGUACUUCCCCAGGCAGGAGCAGCGGCUGCUGGGCUGGCUGAAGGCCAGGGUGCCGGCCGGCUCCUGCCACCUGAAGUGCCUCCAGAUCCUCAAGGCGGUGCGGGACCUGAGCGGCCAGGCGCUCGACAGCCAGGGCGCAGCGCAGUGGCGGGCCGUGCUCUCCUCCUACGCCCUGAAGACCGCCUGGCUGCAUCUGCUGCUCGGCAGCCCCCCCGAGGCCUGGGAGGAGCGCCGCCUGCUGGACAGGAUGGAGGAGCUGCUGCGCGGCCUGCGGGAGAGCCUGCACCGGGGCCACCUGGGGCACCUCUUUCUGGGGGGCGACCCGGGGCUGCUGCCCGACUCCCUUGCCCUGCCCAAGCCCUUCAAGGACGCCCCGGCCUCCAACCUCCUGGCCGGGUUCGACCCAGCUGUUCUGGAGCUGGUGGCGGCUCGGCUAGCCUACUCCUGGACCCACCUUCACCGGCUUAUCCGCCUGGGCCGGCCUCAGCGGGACGUCCCUGGCAGAGGUAUGCACUGUAAGCACCUGGAGGCGGAAUAGCCCCCCCCCGACUGGCUUAAGAAGGGAUGUCUCGAACCCGAGGCCGUGCAACAGGCUCACUUUGAGUCUCCGGCUGCUCUUGAAGCGGGAUGUGUUUCUGCAGAGGUUAUCUAGCCUAGAGAAAUACUGCUGAUGUGGGAUAUGGCAGGGGCAGAAGAUCAAGAAAGCUUCACUGUUCUGUUUCGGGGGGCUGAAGGUCCUGCAGGGAUGAGACUAAGGUUCCCAUUGCAUAGGAAAUGGCAGCCGGUUCGGGUUUUAUGCAAUGUAGGGUGUUGCAGUUAUGCCAGUGCCUGGUGCGGGAUUUUAUAUGAUUGUUUCUUCUACUUGACCUAAGCAGCAAUAUUCAGCAUUUUUUGCUGAUACGGAUUCAUCAGUACAUUUAAGACAAGGGCUAUGUAUCUGAAAUGUCUACAGUUGCUCUGCAAUGGGAGUUGCAUUUACCAACCCCACACCUGCACCACAGAAAUCCCCCCUGGGAUCACCAGCUCGUGGCUGCGACCCGACUCUUUUGACCCGGACUCUGCGGGUCAGAGCCUGCUGGUGCCCACCGGGUCUGUGCCAGUCUAAUAUUACGGAGGAGCUGCACUCUGUUUGAAAUGCCUGAGAGCCAGGAACAUCUCUGUAACCUUUGCUGUUAUUUCAGAUUUCACAAACUUCCAUCUCUGCCAACAGUUUCCUCACUGGAGAAUAUUCAUCCUGUCCGGUUUCUUGAUUUCCAGGGCGAAUGGAAUCAAAAAUGGCCUUUUGUAGGAAAAUAGAAGCAACUUGGGAAAUCUGGUACGAGACUGACUGUUUUUGGUGCUGAUUUGUUACUUAAACUGUUUUCUUAACCUCAAAAUUGUCUGAGCAAACUAUGAUCAAGACCAAAGGGCUUUGAAAAUAACCUGAUCCAUGUGUAAGGCUGGGUGUGCAUGCUGUAGCACAGGGGAAUUGAAAAGGAAACUUGUACAUUACAGAUAGAAUUCGACAGCAGCAAUACAUGCUGGUAAUUGUACUACAGGUAGCUUAUUUUUCACUGUGUUACAACAGAGAUACAGGACGUGAUCCAGUGAAAAUGGUACACAAAAGACUGAGUAUUUCAAAAGUUCCUUGUCAGGAUCUUCAUGCAGUUCACUGUAAUAGGAAGUGCAAUCUUGAGACAUGAGCAAGAACACUCACACUGCGGUCAGUUUGCAAGGAGAGCUGCCCUAAUGACUCAAGAAAUUCUUUGCACUAAAAAACCUCUGAAGGGCAGAAAUGCAGAAACAUGCUGCAUGGCUCUGAAUGCUGUAUCUGAGUCAGGUGGCAUGAAAAUAGAAUAGUGCCAGAAGGAUAGACUGCUAUCACAUGGAGCCCAUGCAAAUACCAUUCACAGACUGUGAUCAUCUGGAGGACCUCUGAACACUGAUGUCUCUCACCUGUAAAACCGCAGGAAGCACAAAGGCCUCCGCUUCACACCCCUCACACAGUGAGAGAUGUUACUGUAUCCGAGGACGAAGGCCCAGAAGUAAAUGUUUCCACGGCUUUCUCAUGUCAGCGUGACUCAUGUCAGAGCUGGGGCGACUGGGCUCUGUCUGAACGGGGACGGCAGUUACAGAGCCAGGCCGUAGAGCCCCGAUGCGUCUGAGUCAGAUUUCGAGCCCUGGAGGUGGGAAGCGGAAAUUGUGUGUAGGAAUUCUUCUUAGCAGUUGUCUGGGAAGUAGUUGAUACCAGAGGAAUUUGGUUUUCUAAAAAUGGAUUUGCUCACCAAAGAAACAAACAAACGCCAGUACAGGAGCGUCACUGGCCAGGUCUCUGUGAAGAGGCCUGCCCACGUGGGCAUUUAAUCAGGGUUUAUCUGGGAGUGGGCUUGAGACAGAUGUCUGGAUGAGUCAGCGAGGUGCCUUGAGACAUUGCAGUUGCCUGCUCUUGUGGCUGUCAGUGCAAUCUGACACUUCAGUGGGGAGAAGUGUGCUCAUCAUCCCUGUCUUUAAAACCACAUCGAUCACUGCGGUGUGACUGAGUCAGGGGCAGGGACAUGAAUCUGUCUCGUACCCUCCCGGUACCGCAGAAUACAAGUGGCAUAGCUGAGCCGUCCUUGUGAAGCGACGAGCAUUUCAUACCUGUUUUCAUCCGGCUGUGUGACUAUAGCAGCGCAGCAUUGACAUACUGUUUCAUGGGUACAUGGUUAUGCAAGAUUUAUGUGCAUGUUCGGAAGUAAGAACUAUUGCCAAGCAUUUGGAUCGUUUUUCCUAGUGCAUCAUACAGGAUGACUGUAUGGCCUUGGAUACUUGCACUCAAGACAAAUUGAUGCCUUUCUAAAUGCUAUUAUGUGUUAAAUCUCUGCAACAAUUAGUGAACAUCGCACAAUAUUAUUGAUUUGCCGGGAAGAAAUCAUUUGACACAUUUUACUGACUCAGUGACAUGUUGUCCUAACGACCCUGUAGAGGGAACGGGAGAAAGCUCGUGCAGCCAGCUGCUGUGUGUGAUCAGACACGGGUGGAGCAAGCCGAAGUGUGCAGCAACCUGCAGGCACACACCUUAGCGGUCGUCACCACGGGGACGAUACUUUCUCUCUGAGGUCGUGCUUUAGCUUAUACUGGUGGGGAUCUGGAUAAAAUCUUUGCAUCAGUCAAGCAGCUCCUGUGCAGAGUAGCCAUAAAAAAAAUGGCAGAAGUUUUGUUUAAUUGCUUCUGGUUAAAGAGCUCAUUCAACCACUGCGGAUUGGAAUGGCAUUCAUUUUGCAUCAGUUAUCAUAACAGAGGCUGCUGUGCAAGUGAAUUGGCUUAAUAUACAGUACGUGAUAACUCAGGUCUAGCCUUGCUUCUGAGCUGGUCAGAAUGUACUUGAAUAAGCCGUUAUGCCCUGAUGACAGAUUCAAAGCUUUUAAAUCCAAAAGACAUGAUCCACGCCCGUGUUUGAGAAACUCAGAAUGCCUUCAGCAGUGCUCUUUUUUAGUGUGCUGCAUAGUUGGUCUUGCAGAUUAGUAAAAAGGAAGCAGGCUGAGGAACUUGGAGAGCUGACAUUUUAAAAAAAUGGCACUCUCAAAUUAACCUGAAGUUUGCCACUGGCACUCUUCUGAUGAGCAAGGGAGAAACGUUAACAGAUAAUCAUGUCUAUGAUAGUAGCAGUUAGCAUUAUAAGUGGUAUAUUUAAACAAGUAUCUGAAACAGAAAGUCAUGCUCUGUGCCUUCAGCAACCCUAGUUUUAAAAUGAUGAAUAGUCAUUCUGUAUUCUAGUUUGCUGGUAUGAAUCACUGAAUCACCCGGUCAUGUGCUGACAGCAAAAAGGCUCUCAAGACCAAUAUCAGUCUCUCCUCCCACUGUCAGCAUCAAGAGGCCCAUUGUGGGAGUCUGGCUGACGGCUGGCCAGAGAGAGCAAUUCCACAAGAUGAGCGAACCUCUCCCAGCUUCUUCUGUUGUGUCUGAAGUUCUCCUCGAUGGUCCCUCAGCCUCAUGAUUGUGCUGUUUUCCCUUCUGCCUUCAAGGAGUUAAUAGCAGAUCAACCAUUUCCAGUGAGUCACGUUGUGCAAGUAACUCAUAGGCCUGUAUCUGGGUGCAACUUCAGACUUCAACUGAAACAGGCAUUCUAAUGCUGUGAUAAAGCUUUCUAAGAGAGGGACAAACACAUUUUCUGUUCAGUACUAUAAGCUGUGCAUUUGCACUUUCCUUGAGUAUCAGCUAUAAGGCUCAGUCUGGUGUGGUUCAUGUGCAUUUAAACUGAAGUUCCUUUACAGUGAAGAAAUAGCAGCUGAAGUCCCAUGUGUUUCAGUUAAGUUUUGGUAAGAAGAGCCACCUGGAGGAAAGUUGGCCACAUGGGGCAAAUGGGAUGACCGCAGUAACCAAACUCUUCUGACCUCUGGCAUCUGGCCUCUGACCUGAGUGGGAUUUGAACCCAUGCCUCCAGGGAUUAUCCACAGAAGGCUGAUAAACAGCAAAAUGCUCCUAGGAGCAAAGCUGACUGGACUGGAAUUUCAGUUAAUUCCAUUCAGUUGUUCCUCUUGGAGAACAGAAUUUAGGACAAAAAACAUAUUAACUGCAGGUUCCUCUAGCUGAAUCUUCACUGAACACUGAGAAAAUAUGGCGUCCUUAUUCUCCCAUACAAGAAACUGGCCUCUUUUGGUGAACAUGUCUAAAGCUACUGCUUGAGCAGACAAAGGGUUAAAAUGUUUAGGACUGAGGCCCACAAACAGGAACUCUGUUUUCAAGACAGUCCUGGAAAUUCCCCAGUUGCAAAUGUUGCAGUGUGGAGGACCUGCACAACACACACUGAUGGAGCAGCAUGGAGUUUGAAUCUUAAUUCAGAAUUUGAGACAGAAAAUAGACAAUCGUUCUAUAACGCAUUGUUGCUUGACCUAGCUCAUUUCUCUCUAGAAAUGUCCUUUUCCUUAAAAUGUUUCCACACCAGUAGAAACUAUAGUAUGUGUAAGCAGUGCACAGAGCAUUGGUCAUUGCGCAUUUAAAAUCAAGUGCAGCCAGCCUGCCUUCAGAACGAACUACCCAGCCGUGUGGUUGAAGCUAUUAUCUUGGCUUCUUUCAGGAUCCUUGGACUGAUUAGAUCAGCCAAAUUGCCUCUUGUCAUCUGUAACCUUCUUUUUGUGUCCUUAUAUUCUAAUUCCUUUCCAGCAAUAGCAACAAUACUUAGUUCCCCCUUGGGUCUGGCAUUUCCCUCCACCAGCAUGUAUGAAACCUAAAGAGAAAAAUGCAAACACAUUCAUGAUCUGUAGCUAAGCCAGACUUCAAAGGAGACUCACCAAUACUAAUACAUUCUUUCUGAAAGUUGCGUUACACAGAUAUCAGAGCCGAGAGAAAUCUAUAGGUGUUUAUAUACUGCAUAAGGAAGCAUUAGCGCUCUUCGAUGGAGGCACAUGGUACAUUCGAGAGAUUGCAAUGCAAAUUUAAAGAUGAUUACCAAAUUAUGGCUAAUGCUGCAGAAUUCUAGUCUAAGCAGCCUGUGUGACACGAGCAGUGUUAAUGUGCCUGGCUGCAGUGGUCUGCCCAUUAUGUGCCACAUCACGAGAGCUUCACUGGCCACAUGGCGAUCAAAGACUUGAAAAAAACAAAGGAAACAUUCUGACUGAAGGAUUCUCAUGUCUGGGUUCACUCUUAUUUUUAUAUUAAAAAAUGUUUUAUUUCUUUUUUUAUUUGUCGACAUUAUGGAGAUGGAACUUACAAGGGUUCUGCUACACGUCGCGUUUAUUUAUUUUUUUUAAUUUAUUUUUUUUUAUAGUUGUAAGUGCAGGGUGGCAACACAAACAUAUACCAAAGGCAGCCGAAGCAGUUACGCCUCAGUCGCAGCAGGCUGGGAUCCACUUCUGCAGAGGUGCAGCGCUCUCUGUCCCACCUUGUGUUACUGGUGGCUUCAUUGAGCAAAUGUUUUAUUGAACUGGCUGCAUGUUGUCUUCCUCAAGCAGGUGCUGGGUUCAAGAGGCCCAGCAGGAUCCAGUCCUCUGUGCCUGUGAGUCCUCAUAAUGUCAAAGCCCAGCUAUCUCGACUGCAGCUAAAUCCAGUUUUGUGAAGGAUUUUUGACAGAAGCUGUUUUCAGGACAGUGUUAUUGUGUCUGUUUUGUGCAUUCCAGUUUAGGCUGGGUUUUACAUUUUGUUUUGCCAGCUGUUGAGAAAAAAUGUCUGGGCACUUUCUGUUUAAUAAUGCAUAUGUAUUUAUGUAUAGGAGCAUUGCACAUUUAAAAAAACCCAUAAUAAAUGCAUUCCAAAAGCCA